AUGCGACUACAGCUUCCAGAGGUAGCAAUUGCUACCCUCCUUCUCGGUGAAGUCGGCGCAGUCCAACUUCCCCUGUUGCAAUCCCAGGUUCCCAUCACCUCCGACAAGGAGCUGGUCAGCUCCUCCGCGUUCCAAAGUCACGUCAAAGCCGAGAACCUGUUAAAGAGAGCCAAAGAGCUAUCCAAGAUCGCGGACUUGGGAGAGGAAGAAUACAAUCAUCCGACUCGAGUCAUUGGAAGCAAAGGGCACCUCGGAACCAUUGACUACAUCUAUGCGACGCUUGCUAAGCUGGGAGACUACUACACGAUCACCAACCAGUCCUUCCCUGCCGUCACAGGCAAUGUAUUCGAAUCCCGCCUGGUCCUCGGCGACGAUGUACCCAAAUCGGCGGCACCCAUGGGAUUGACGCCUCCUACCAAGCACAAAGAGCCCGUCCAUGCACCCCUGGUAGCGGUUUCCAACUUCGGAUGUGACGCGUCAGACUUUCCGUCUGAUGUGUCUGGCGCCAUUGCGCUCAUUAGCCGUGGCACCUGUCCAUUCGGUACGAAGUCGGACUUGGCUGGAAAAGCCGGUGCUGUUGCGGCUGUGGUAUAUAACAACGAACCAGGAAGUUUGAGUGGGACGCUCGGUAACCCCACACCGGAUCAUGUUGCUACCUGGGGUCUUUCUGAUGAAGAUGCUGCGCCCAUUCUGGAGAAACUAAAGAAGGGUGAGGAGGUCGAUGGUAUCGCCUACAUGGAUGCCAUCGUCGAGACCAUUCAUACGACCAACAUCAUCGCUCAAACGACCGAGGGCGAUCCCGAGAACUGUGUGAUGCUCGGUGGCCACAGUGACAGUGUCGCCGAAGGACCGGGCAUCAACGAUGAUGGCUCUGGUAGCUUGACACUCCUGGAGCUCGCGACCCUGCUGACUCAAUACCGGGUUAACAACUGCGUGCGAUUCGCAUGGUGGGCUGGUGAAGAGGAAGGCCUUCUCGGAUCGGACUACUAUGUUUCCGUUCUCACUCCCGAGGAGAACCUGAAGAUCCGUUUGUUCAUGGACUACGAUAUGCUUGGUUCCCCGAACUUUGCGUACCAGGUUUACAACGCCACCAAUGCGGUGAACCCGGUCGGGUCUGAGGAGCUGCGCGACUUGUACGUCGAUUUUUAUGAUGCCCACGACCUCAACCACACCUACAUUCCAUUUGAUGGCCGUAGCGACUACGACGCGUUUAUCCGCCACGGUAUCCCAGGAGGCGGUAUCGCCACUGGAGCCGAGGGUAUCAAGACACCGGAGGAGCAGGAAAUGUUCGGCGGUGUUGCCGGCGCCUGGUAUGACCCAUGCUAUCACCAGAUUUGUGAUGUUGUCGGCAAUGUGAAUUUAACGGCAUGGGAGUGGAACACCAAGCUUGUCGCCCACUCAGUUGCCACCUAUGCUAGAUCCUUUGAAGGUUUCCCUAAGCGGACGAAGGAUUCCAUCACUGCUUUUGCUACAGAGCAGAAGAAGUACCACGGGCCCCGGCUCGUACUUUAA